CCCGUACAAUUUAUUGCCCAGGUAUCUACCCAUUGAACCUAUGUUCAUGGAAACCCAGGUGUAAUUCGCAUGUACGUACGUACUGGGCUGGGCUGAAACGAUACUGGCAGCGGCGCUGGAGCUCCAGAAUCCCCACACCCGACCGUCCUGACGCCAGCCCCACUAAAACACCAGCGUCACCAAUUUUCCAGUCAACACCACAUGUCGCCUGGACCUGCACGUCGUCGCGCUCAGCACCCACCCGACAAACAGCUCGUCUUCUCGCCACUUCUGCCCCUACUAUACAACCUAGAAAGGGGUUCUCGCGGCCGCCACCUACCCGCGACGCGCGGGAGUCGCCCAACAUGAUUCACCCGUCCAGACAGGCGUACGUCGAGGAGGCCAGGCCCGAGCCCGGCCUCGCGCUGGAGGAUCUGCCCGACGACCACGACUAUGACAUGCCAACGGCAGGCGGGUCCUCCGAAAAGGCCUCCGCCAUCCUGAACCAGUUCAACCGCAAGCGGCUUGCCGCCACGAUAGCCGUGCCCACCGACGAUGGCCGAGUCCGCGCGCGCCUGCGAGAGAUGGGAGAGCCUGUCACCCUGUUUGGAGAGGGUCCGGCCGAGAGGCGCGACCGAUUGCGCGAGCUCCUGACCAUCCAGGCCGAAAUGGCCAGUCUCGAGAAUGGUGACAUCACCAUGGAGGACGCGCCCGAGGAAGAGGAGGAGGCGGCAGAGGCCGAGGAAGAGUUCUACUCGAGGGGAGGCAACGACCUUCUCCAGGCCCGCAUAAAAAUUGCCGAGUUCUCGCUGCCCAGGGCGAAGCGCAGAGUCGCCUUUCUCAAAGAGGAGGCCACCAUCUCGCUGCGCACGCAGGUCAAGCAUCGGAAGCACAUCAAGGACAGGCUGGCCGCCUUUGAGCUGCAGGGAAGUCAGACCGUCGGCGAGCGGCACAUCAGCAUGACGAGAAUAUCACCCGACGGAAAGAUGGUCGCCGUCGGCAACUGGGGCGGCCAGGUCAAACUCGUCGAGCUGCCCACCCUCACUGAGAAGAUGACAUACCGCGGCCACACAAACAAGAUCAGCGGCCUCUCGUGGUUUCCCGGCGCAACUCUCCCCGAGAACAACGUCUCGCCCGACUCAGUCAACCUGGCCUCCGGCGGCGCCGAGGGCUUGGUGCAGCUGUGGUCCCUGAACAAGGACACCCCGCUGUCGACACUGCAGGGUCACUCACAAAGAGUGUGCCGCACUGAAUUUCACCCAUCGGGACGAUAUCUGGCAUCGGCAUCCGAGGAUACCUCAUGGCGCCUUUGGGACGUGGAGACUACGGCCGAGCUUCUCCUCCAAGAAGGUCACUCCCGAGGCGUCUACGCCAUCAGCUUCAACACGGACGGGUCCUUGCUCGCCAGCGCCGGCUUGGACAGUAUCGGCAGGAUAUGGGAUCUAAGAUCUGGCCGUACCGUCAUGAUCCUCGACGGACACCUAGACGGUCACAUCAAACCCAUCCACGCUCUCGACUGGAGCUCCGACGGUCACCGCGUCCUCUCGGGCUCGGCCGACGGCUGGAUCAAGUGCUGGGACGUCCGCAAGGUGCAGCGGACCGGCGGCAUCGGCGCCCACAGCAGCGCCGUCUCAGACAUGCGCUGGUUCAAGGGCAUCGACGACCCCGUAGACGGCACGCCUCCCGGUCCUGAUGAGAAGGGCGCCAGGGUCCCCAUCAAGUCCGGCACCUUCUUCGUCUCAAGCGGCUUCGACAGGAACGUCAAGAUCUUCUCGGCAGACGAUUGGACGCUCGUGCAAACCCUAAGCGGUCACACGGGACCUGUGGCCAGCGUCGACUACAGCAGGGACGGCCGCUGGAUUGUCAGCGGCGGCCAUGAUCGAACGGUGAAGCUCUGGGGCCGCAACGAUGGUGAGGCUCUAUAGAGGUGGGGCGCCCAUAAUGACAAAUGUCGUGCGCACUGCAUUGUACCAAACUGUAACAUUUUUCAGUGACGAAAUGAGAAUAAUAGAUACCCUUCCAAG